AUGAGAGCCUACGUUUACGAUAAUCAAGACCCUGCGGACCAACGUGCUCCUCAUGAUUUGGGCAUCGAAAAGACCCAAGCAGACCUGGAAAAGGUUGGUGUGUUGUACUGGCGUUUUGAUGGGGAGGAUGCCCUUGACAAGAUCGACCAAGUUGCCAAAGAAAGAAGUUACAAGAACAGAGAUACUAUCGUCGUAUCCCCUGAUGCAAUGGGCCCCAUUUACGAGGAGAAAGUCAAAUCAUUCUUUGCCGAGCAUCUCCAUGAAGAUGAAGAGAUUCGUUAUAUUUUGGAUGGUUCUGGAUAUUUCGAUGUUCGCGAUCAAGGAGAUGUUUGGAUCCGUAUUUACAUGGACAAAGGAGAUAUGAUCAUUUUGCCUGCUGGCAUCUACCAUAGAUUCACCACUGACGAAAACAACUAUAUCAAAGCCAUGAGAUUAUUCAAGGAGGAACCCAAGUGGACACCUCUUAACCGUCCUGUCGCCAGUGAUAACAAAUACCGAGCAGAAUAUGUCAGUUCUUACAAUUUGACUAGUGCAUAA